AUGUUGGUCAAAAGUCUCCAGGCGGCCGAACACGUGAGUCACAUUGACCAAACCUUCCAGACACUCAGAAGGUAUAACAUGAAGUUGAAUCCCCUCAAGUGCACUUUCGGAGUAGCAUCGGGCCAGUUCUUGGGAUACAUUGUAAAUCAGAGAGGAAUUGAGGCAAACCCGGCAAAGGUGGCGGCUAUAAUAGAAAUGAGUUCACCUCAGAAGCCAAAGGAGCAAGGAAAGAGGUUCCAGUGGACUUCGGAGUGCCAAGAGGCCUUCGAGUCUCUGAAGAAGCACCUCGGUGAAUCGCCCCUCCUAUCGAAACCCCAUCCAGAUGAAUCUCUGUUGCUGUAUCUAGCAGUGUCAGAUGUGGCAGUCAGCGCGGUCCUAACCAGGGAAGAAAAUGAGCGUCAAUUGCCGGUGUAUUACAUCAGCAAAGCACUUCUCCCAGCUGAAACUCGCUACUCCGACAUGGAAAAACUGGCACUCGCACUUAUUACAGCUUCAAGAAAACUCAGGCCAUAUUUCCAAGCUCACUCAAUACAAGUCCUCACCAAUUUCCCUUUAAGGCAAGUAAUGCAGAAGACGGACGCGUCAGGACGCCUACUGAAAUGGGCUAUCGAGCUCAGCGAGUUCGAUCUCACGUUCCGACCUAGACACGCUAUCAAGGGCCAGGCCCUUGCCGAUUUUAUGGUCGAAUUUACCAAAGCCCCAGAAAUGGAGGCCCUGAUGGAACCAGCCGAGCCCUCCGCAUGGAAAUUGUUUGUAGAUGGGUCUUCAGGAGAGGCAGGCACAGGGGCGGGAAUUGUACUGGAAAGCCCGGAAGGUCAUUUGUUGAAUUGUGCGGUAAGAUUCGGCUUCAGAGCCUCGAACAAAGUAGCCGAAUAUGAGGCCCUUCUGGCAGGACUAAGGCUCGCCAAGGAAAUGCAGGUCAGGAAGCUUCUGGCAAGCAGUGAUUCUCAGCUCGUGGUGAAUCAAGUAAAUGGGGAUUUCGCGGCCAAAGAUGAUAACAUGCUCGCAUACUUGAAGCUGGUUCUGGACAUAAUUCCCCAUUUCGAAAAAUUCGAACUGACUCAAGUCCCUCGUCUGGAGAAUGCUCAUGCAGAUGCCCUCUCAAAAUUGGCCAGCAGCGUGAACUCAGAGCUUCUGAACAUCGUCCCCAUUGAGCACUUAUCAAAGCCCUGCACCUUCGAAGGUGAGGAGUUACUAUGGAUAGAAGUCACCCCAUUGUGGACGCAGCCCAUAAUGGCAUAUCUAAAAGAGCAAACGCUGUCUGCUUCCAGAAGUGAAGCAAGGAAGUUAAGAAGAAGGGUGCACACUUCGUCCUUCACGAAGGAACCCUUUACAAGAGGGGCUUUGCCUCUCCCCUUCUUCGAUGUGUGGGCGGCGAAGAGGCCACCUACGUACUCAGAGAAAUACAUGAAGGGAUCUGCGGAAAUCACUCCGGAGGGACGGCUCUGGCACACAAGGUCCUCCAGCCUCUCCAUAGUGACCAGCCCUUGGCCGUUCACCAAGUGGGGCAUCGACUUCAUUGGUCCGCUACCAAAGGGUAGAGGGAGCGCAACUUUUGCCAUUGUCGCCCUCGACUACUUCACUAAGUGGGUCGAGGCAGAACCCCUUGCCCGAAUCACCGAAGCCAACACUACGAAGUUCGUUUGGAAAAACGUCAUCUGCAGGUUCGGCAUCCCUCACUCCAUUGUCUCUGAUAAUGGGCGGCAGUUCGACAACAGGAAGAUGCGAGAGUUAUGCAACGAACUAGGCAUAAAGAAAGACUUCUCGACUCCGCAUCACCCUCAGGCAAAUGGACAGGUCGAAGCAGUGAACAAGACUAUCAAGAACACCCUGAAAAGGAAACUGGAUGCCUCAAAAGGCGCCUGGGUUGACGAACUCCCCCACGUCCUCUGGGCCAUCAGAACGACUUGCCGGACCGCAACGGGUGAGACCCCAUUCUCAAUGGCCUACGGAGCCGAAGCGAUGAGUCCGGUCGAGUUCCAAACCGGAUCAGCCAGGGAAUGGUUUCCUCAGUUCUUCGAAAGGUUCAUUUGA